AUGUUUUGGCGCUUCGGAGGCUACUCCAAUAUAUCGACAAUCGAUACCCUUCUCGACAAACCUAAUGUCAAGCUCGAAGACUUGCUGGAAGAGUCCGAUCUCAUUCAGGAACUCAAAUCCCACCACACAAAACUGAUAGAAUAUUUGCGGGACGAAACAAAUCUCCAUGCACUGCUGCAUUAUGUCGUAGCUCUUGGUCCUUCUGCAAAUGUGGAAGAAAAUGACGAGGAUGAGAAAGGCGAAGGGCCUACCUUGGGCGAUGAAGAUGAGGGGAAACAACCAGAUGAGGAACAGGAGAAAGCCGAGAAAAAAAGGAUGAAAUAUGCCUUUGUGGCGUGCGAAAUAUUGUCUUGCGAAAUAUGGUCGAUUACCGAAUCCCUGAUGGCCAACAUCCCUUAUCUGACCGAGUUUUGGGACUUUCUCCGUCGGCCGGCUCCGUUGGAUCCGCUACAGGCUGGCUAUUUCACCAAAGUCAACGAGACCUUGCUCGAAAAGAAGACGGGGGACAUGCUGGAUUUCUUUAAAUCUCUCCCCGGCAUUGUACCGGCCAUUUUGCAGCACGUCGAUUGCCCCAUGGUGAUGGAUUUGCUCUUGAAAAUCAUCAGUCUGGAAAAAUCGGAUGGAGGAAUGGGAAUCGUGGAUUGGUUGCAUGGGCAGGACCUGAUUCCCAUGCUUCUGUCGAAUCUGUCUCCCGAAUGCAACUCCUCCACUCAAACCUCGGCUGGGGACUUUUUGAAGGCCAUCAUCACGAUAUCCGCAAAUGCUGCUCAACAUGAGCAAUCUUGCAUUGGGCCAAACAGUCUCACUCGGCAAUUGGUUUCGGAAAAGUGUAUUCGGCAACUCAUUUCAUACAUGCUUAAAGGCGGCAACCCUCUCACGGUUGGAGUUGGGAUCGUGAUCGAAGUUAUCCGAAAGAACAACUCGGAUUACGAUCCUGAUCAAGGGCACAGCCCCGAAGCCCCCCCCACGAAUCACGAUCCCAUCUACCUUGGGACCCUUUUGAGACUCUUUGCUCAACAUGUUCCGAACUUCAUGAGCCUCAUUCUCAGCUCGAAGCACACAGUUACAAAAGGUGAACAGACGAGCGUGGUGGAAAGAGGGCAGCUCAAGUCGGCUUGGGGCACACAAAUCGAACCUCUGGGGUUUGACAGAUUUAAAACUUGCGAAUUAAUGGCAGAGCUGCUGCAUUGUAGCAAUAUGGGUCUGCUGAACGAAAGGGGAAGUGAAGAAUUCAUCAAGAAAAGAGACGCGGAAAGAGAACGGCUGAGAGAGCAAGGGGCUUUUUUGUCUAACAAACAAUCAGAGGACUCUGCCGUGGAUAUCUCCGCCAAUUCUUCCCGAUUCGAAAAUGCGUUUACUCCGGCUAGAUCAACAUCCACGGAAGAACUCCGAAUCGCCAAUCUGAACGACGAGGACGGGUUCGAGAAAGUUGCUGUCGCUGAUGCAACGGAUGCUUCGUCAGAGUCGAAUCAAGAUCCGGUGGAUGUUUCACUAUCCCCUCGCCAAUCUCGAGCUGGGACCUCAUCUGAUGAACCGACCACACCAACCGGCAAUUUGAAUGAAACUGUUCGACGUCUGAGCUUAGACAAUUCCGAGGACACCGAUAUGACUUCUCCUCCUAAUGAACCCGAGACGACGGUUCACUCCCCUCGAGGAAAUCAAUCUGGUGAAAUCCUCCCUCAUCCUCAGGGCAAACCAGCGCCUCUGUUCUCGACACCCUCAGAUCCCGACAAAACACCUACGGCAAACAGCCCGGAACCACACAUCAGCCCUCGAGAUACCACGGAUCGCAUUGGCGAAACCGGCCAAACUAACCAGAUUGAAGGGGAACAACUCCAGACUGCCCAAGGUGACACAAUGCGGAUUAUACAGCAAGCGCCUCCAGCCGCGGACGAAGCUCCAGUAGUUGGAGACUACUUAAAAAUCAUGUUCGUGGAGAACAAGAGUUUUUUCUUCCGCUUCCCUUGGAACAAUUUCCUCCACAACGUGGUCUAUGAUGUUGUCCAACAAGUUUUCAACGGUCCGAUGGACAGAGGCCACAACCGCUUCCUGGCUUUUGACCUUUUCGAGACUGGGAGGAUCACUGAUCAGAUCAUCGAAGGGCAACGACGAAGUGACGAGGCCCAACAGUCGAAGAAUAUGCGUCUUGGUUACAUGGGACAUCUGACGUUAGUGGCCGAAGAAGUUGUCAAAUUUGGCGAGCGUCAUCCCAGAGAACUCCUCUCGCCACCUGUUCAAGAUUACAUCUAUUCCCAUGCUUGGGAAGAAUACGUCACUAAGACCCUAGCCGAAACAAGAGAACGAGACAAUGCAAUACUUGGAGGGUUUAGGCCAGACAAUGGACUUGGACCGAGACAAGCGGUUCUGAAUGCCGUCAGUGCUGGACAAGGCUUUGGUGCUUCGACCGGUUUAGCCGGAGUCGGACUGGGUGGUGGUCAGCAUGCUCUGGACAGUAUCGAUCUUUCGAAUAAUGGAAGUGCUACCAGUGCUGGAUACAAUUCAGGUGGUUCGCUCUCCAGUGGCUUUGGCAGUUCGUCGGAUGACGAAGACGAAGAUAUGGAUGAUGCAGAAGAUGAUGAGCAUGGCAGAACGGUGAGUCAGCUUUCCGGAGCUGAUACCGGUCUUGCAUCGGAGAAUUCGGACCAGCCAGUACCAUUAUUACCACCCCCGCCAGCGCCUCUUAACAUCGAGCCAUCACGUGCUCGUCGACGGUUGGCUGAUCGCUUAGCGAGACACAAACAAGAGGCCGAACAAGAAGUGGUUGCAUCGGAGUUCGGUUCCGAAGCAGAUGAUCCAUUCGCUGCUCUUGGGAAUAGUGAUGAUCAUGACUCGGGUGACCCCUUCUCGCUCGACGAAGAGGAACAGGACAUUACUACCUUUGGGAAACGAAACAACGCCAACUCCUUUAACAAGAGCACAGGGGACCACCACAGCUUCUCGGUCAGUCGGGGACUAACGAGUUUGUUUUCUUCCACUCCAAGCCGUGACACACACGGUCAAUCUUCACACGACGACUUUGACGGAUCAUUGGAUGAUUCUUCAUCCGAAGGAUCCGGAUCAGAUAUCGACCCAGAGAAUCAGCCCCCAGAAGCUCGGACCAGUCUCGAGCGGCGACCACUGGAUGUCUUUGAAGACGAAGAGAUGGGGGAAAUGGUCGCGCCAACCGAGGAUGAAAGCAAUAGUUCAGACGAAGAGGUGUUGAGUCCGACAGAGAAAGGACAAUUGGGCGGCGCUAUUGGAAUGGGUGAUGCUGAGGAGCAGGCCUCGGAAUUCGCAGGCCAAGCAGAUCAUGACUACGACGACGAUGGUGAUCAACUCGUCGAGAUUACCAUGCCGGCUAAUUCGAAGAGAAAAUCCAGAGGUUGA